AUGCCUGUCAAGAAACUGUUUAGUUUUACGCAUAACAAUCAUCAACAACAACAACACAAUAACCAACAUUCCACGACAACAGCAGCAGUAGUACCAGUACCACAGGACUUUCCUGUGUCAUCAUCGUCGUCGUCGUCUGACAAUUUCACAACAACCAAUAAUAUGGUCAAUCACAAUAACAACAACAACUCCCAAUUUCUCUCUUUUAAUUCUUCCAACGUUCAUCCCUCUCAACAACAACAAUUCCUUCAACAAUUCCAAAACUCUACCAAUCCACAAUUCCAUUCAUCACAACAACAAACUAUGAAUCAUUUCAAUCAAUUCCAAUUUUCGAGUCAUGGUAAUGCUCAAAAUAUGAUGAACAACAAUGCCAUGAUGAUGAAUAAUCACUCGUUUAAUAAUAACAACACGAGUGGAUACAAUAACAACAACAACAACACCAGCAUUGCUUUUCAACAACAGCCACCUCCACCUCCUCCUCCUCCUCCAACACUCAUGAUGCCUUCUUCAUUACCCAUGAAUUAUCACUCGAUCCAUAACGUUGUGUCGUGUGGAGUAGGAACGCAAGCACAACCUCCUCCCAACAUGUUGAACUCUUCAACACAACCACCAACCAUCAUGUACGGACCAACAACAAGUGUUACUUCUUCGACCAUGAAUGUUGUUGGGAUCAAUACCAUGGCGAUGGGGGGAGCAAGUUCAUUAUCUGGUGUUGUUGGAAACCAAACCAUGUCAUCAACCACCACCACCACCACUACGAAUAACGGUCAAAUGAAUACUAAUAAUCAUACGAAUACUAAUAACAACAACACUAAUAACAACAACACUAAUAACAACAACAAUGGUCACGUGAAUACCACCAUUACGAGUAGUACUACUCCAAAAUACACACCAUGCAUUAGGUGGUCCUGUGCUCCAAGUACUGCCAUUCCCAUUACUCUUGUCAAUUCCAAUAAUUCUUCGGGAGGUUCUAUUGGAGGAAAUGGAUCAUUAUUCAACUCUGAGAACAUGAUGGUAGAUUCAAACUCACUUUCUCAAACACUCAUUGAUCACAAUUUCACAGCUGAGGAUUUAAAAGUCAUGAAGGGAAAUCCACUCAUUCACACCAAAUUGUUUUGUCUGAGUGACCAAACAUUACGUGAUUUUCCAUAUUUGCGUCCGAGUGUACAAACUGACAAUUUAUAUCAUUUCAUUGAAAUGGAGAAUGAAUCGUCGUGGUUACCCAAUGAUCGAAUUGCUCCUAAAAAAACAAGUCACAACUGUUUGGUGAAUGAUUGGUUGGUAUUUUGUAGUCAGGAUCCUCAAUUAUUGAAAUUAGUGGGUAGAUAUAUUGGUUCUUCAAACAAUUCAUCUGCUGAUGUUCAAUUAUUUGCUGACUUUGUUCUCGUCACAAGUAAUAAUCAUGAUGAAGACAGUCGAGAGAGUUUAUUCGGAAAACAACGUUUCAAAGGAGGUAUUCCACUCCAAAUGAAACUUGUUCGUUCACUAAGUACAAACAAUUCACAAAAUCACUCCAAUUCUAUCACACCCAAUGCCAACAUGUCUCCACUCUUAUAUUUUGAAAAGAGAAUCAAUCGAGAAUCUGUGAAUAAUAAGGAUGCUCCAAGUGCAAGUGGAAUGGGAGGUAAACGAGUUGCUCAACUUCGAAUUUACCUCAAAGACAAGGAUCAAGAAAUUUGUUUGGUUCAUUCCGAAGGUUUUUGGGUGAGAACCAAAAGUCGUGAGGAAGUUCACAGAACCUCUUCAUCAGCGAAUGUGAAAGGAUCUAAUGGUACUGAAUCAGUGGUGAAUGAUGGAACAGCACAAUCGACGAAUUCGGCAACGAAUAAUAACAAUGGUGCGACAACCUCUAAUUCACCUGCAACCUCUAACUCCUCCUCACUCAACACGAAAAAGAAAAAAUCGAGUUUUGCAGGAUUUGCACUCUUUCAUGGCAAUGGAGGUCGAAUGAAGAGAGAGGCAGAACAUUCUGCAGAAUCGAACACUCCAACCACGACUUUACAAAAGAACAACACACUAUUCAAUGUGCCUCAACAACAAUCCUCAGUAAGCACAGUGCAGUCUCAACAACAGCCGCAACAACAACAACCAAAUAUCGUUUUCAAUUCAGCGUCACAAUCAAAUUCUCAACAACAUUUUCAAAAUUCUAAUUUGGAUCCUGCCUCCAUUCCAAACAUGUCAAGUUCAGCAAAUAGUUAUGGAUCCUCGUCUUAUCUAAGUAAUAGUGGAAGUUCUGCUUCUUUUGCAAACUCACAAAACAAUGGUCCUUAUUUGGUUGCUAAUGGAAAUUAUCAAAAUAUGGCUGGAAAUAUUUCACCACUUCAACACAACAAUAAUUAUCAUCAUCCACAUUAUCAUCAAUCGAGUGGAAGUAUGGACUCGAGCAUGAUGACCAAUGGUCUCGCCAAUGCAUUUUCUGACCAAUCCGAUUAUUCUUCACUUGGCUCAACUCCAAACACCACCAGUCACUUGUCACAACCAAGCAUUACUUCAUUGGACAUUGUAGAAGUAUUACGUAAUUUAUCCAUUUCAAUUCCAAAUAGUGCAGGAACACCUGGUACUCAUUCACGACAUUCUUCCUUCACAUCUCCCGGUGGAUUAGCCGGAAGUGCAAGUUCCACCUCAAGUUCUUCCUACUUUUUACAAAAUUCAGCGGAUAAUAAUCCUACGGUGGGAAGUUUUGGUGGACUUCAAUCCUCAAUGGACACUUCUGGUGACAAUCUCGAUGCGACUAUUCAGAAAUUAGAUGCUGCCAUUAAUUUAUUUAAUUCCAUGAAAGAUGCCUGUCUUAAAAUGAGAGAUAAUCAAUCGAAUGGUGACCAUUCCAUGACACCCACCAAUCUUAAUGAAAUUUAUGCUCAAUUUAAUUCUUCGAUUCAAGACAAGCGAAAAGAUAAGGGUCACAAAAGAGUUCGAGGCAACAAUGAAGGAGCUGCCAAUGAGACUCUGUAUUCAUCUCCUCAAAUUCAACAGAAAAAUCAUUCAUUGAACGUUCAAUCUUUCGGAAGAGUCGCUUCAUCUUCUGCUCCCAAUGCUUCCACGUUUAACUUUAAUAGUACUCCUACUACUACUACGGGUUCAUUGAUGGGAAAUAAUUUAACAGUCAUGAAUCAUGGUCUCUCUGGUAAUCACGUUCACACAAAUACCAGUUGCAACAAUAACAACAUGUCAAGCAGUAUGAACAAUUUAAGCACAAUGAAUAAUAGUACUCAUCCACUUUUCCAAAAUUUGAAUAAUAUUCAACAAAAUCAUUUGAAUUUCAAUAAUAAUCAUGGAGGAGUGACAAUGGGCGCUGUGGGUGGAGGUACAGGCAAUUUCCUGACGAAUAAUUCUAAUGCUGUGACGAAUGAGAGAGGUCCACACCAUGCGGUCGUUAAUUUUGAUGGAGCUGAAUUACCUCAAUCUCUGUUUAAUACUUCAGGAUCAGAUCCAAACGAGGAUAUCUUUCAAUUGUAA